AUGCUAAAGUUACCCAAAGGUCUUAAGAAGAAGAAGAAAAGUAAAAAAUCGAAGCGCAAAGGGGACGAAGAUCUUUUUACCGAAGCAGAUUUAGAGAAAUAUAGAAGAGAACAUCAGCAACAAGCAGAAAACGGAGAAGGUUCUGUGAAACAGAAUGAAGAGUGGUCGAAGUUCAAAGACUUAACAACAGGCAUUGAUUCAGUUCUAAAUAAAACCAAGGAUGAUUUAGAUCGUAUAAAGUCUACAUCAUUUUUUCAAAGAAUUACAGUUAAAAAAGAAAUCCAAGCAGUCGAAAAGGAAAAACCUGUAAGAACAGUUGUUGAAGUAACAGAAGCGGAUUUUCCACAUUUGGUUCAGGCUGCAACGAAAGAGAUCGAUGGAGAUAAGAGUGAGUACGGUGUGACAGAUGAGGAAUCGGACGAAGAAGAUGAUUCCGACAUUUUUGACACUUCAUACAUUGAAGCAGUUCAACGUGGAGAAGUAAAAUUAGCGUACGUUCCUGAUUCUCCAGAAGAAUUGAAGGACGACGACAUUUUUGAUACAUCGUAUGUUAAUGCAUUAAUAAAGGGCCAAGAGAGUAAAACAUCUAAAGGCAGAAAAGAAUUAGAUAUUGGUGUUGCAGUGGAGGUACUUACUGGUCGUAUUGAUAAUGUGAAAAUUACAACGGCUAAGAAAUCUAAAAGAACCAUACCAGGAGAUUUAUUAUUAGAAAAUGACGAAACAAUAUCAAGUACAGCAGGCAAAUCCGUUGAAGAACUAGUUGAACAAAGUAUAUUAGAUAUUGAUAGUGAUAUACCUAUUGACGCACCAAUAGAUUUGACCUCAUCUUUAGUAGUCCCAGUAAGAAAAGAGGCUGAAGAUCAUAUUGAGUCAAAUCCUGAAAUCGUAAAAGAGGAUACACUUGCAGUUGAAGAGUUCGAUGAAUUUGCACAAUUGGCUGUAGAAUCUUUAGAAACGAAGGACUUAGCAAUUAAAUUGGAUGAAAGAGAGAUAAAACUUGAGCCUGUUUUAGAAGAUUCUUGGUCUGCAUUUGAAGCGAAUACUAAAGAGUCAGUGUUUGCUGAAGGUAUUGUUGAAGAUCAACUUGAUGUUCUAGAUCCUUAUCAAGACGAUCCUUUUGAUACCAGUUUCGCUGAUGCCGUAGUGGGUAACACUCAGACAAAAAAAUAUAGACAAGAAACUGUCAUACUAGACGAAGACGAUGAUUUCGAUCCUCGUGCUGAGGAAGUUCAAACACGAUUAAAUAACCGCAGAAAAUCAUCUGUGCGCAUACAUUUAACUGAUCCUUCUGGUAUCAGAGAAUCAAUAACAUCUGACGACGCUAUAGACACGACCACAACUGAACAAUACCGUGAUUUUCUUGGAGGUAGUACCACUGACCUUACAAAAUUAGAAGAUUCACCGUUGGCUCCAAUUAAUGCAAAAGAUAUAGACCCCUUUGAUACUACUCUUGUUGAAAAUAUCGUAGAACCAGGAAAAAUAGAAUUGAAAUUCUUAGAAAAAGAGCUAAUAACUUCUACACCAACAGCUAUUUAUCGAGUGCCAAGUGAUCCUGACUUUGAUCCUCGAGCUGAGGAGCCAAUAUCAUAUGAGAGGAGGGCUUCCCCCAGGUAA